UUUGAAAUCGCAACACCAUGUUCAUAUUGAAAUUUUCGUACUAUGUUUUUAAUCCAUUGAAUCAUUUAUUUAAAUAUGUAUAUGGAUGUUUUUUGAUCAAAUAAGAACACUUCAAAGUUAUGUUCUUCAGGUAGCUUCAAGUAUAUGUAUAUUAAGUUUUUCAAAAUUGCAUAUUUUAUGAGAUGCAUUCCUGUUUUUGUAAAUAACAUAUGCAAUUGCAUAUGAUUUGUGGUAAUUUAUGCAUAUGUUAGAAAACUGAAAAUUUAUUCUGUAUUUUGUUAGCGUAUUUUGUAAUCAAAAUUUUCAAUUUAAGAAUAUUGAAUUGAAGUAUGAUUUUUAAUGCAUUUUAUUUAGGGAAAAUUUAAGAGGGGAAAGAAAAAAAAACGACUUUUAAUUUUCAUUUUAUUAUAUGAUUUUUUAAAGCAUUGCUUAAAUUUUAGCAAAUACAUUAUGGCUUCAACUGCAAAUUUAAAUAAUGUUCCUGGUGCAAAACCAUGCAAUAUUUGUGAACACUGCCGGAAAUAUUACCUUGGACUAAAGCCGCAUGAAUUAUAUGCACAGUGUGUGGAACGUCCAUUUAUGUGCACGUACUGUGACAAGACAUUUACUCGCAAGGACAAACUCAGUGACCAUAUAAAAAUGCACACAGGCGAGCGUCCUCAUGUAUGCACUCAUUGUGGGAAAAGUUUCACUCGUAAGGAUAAGCUUACUGUUCAUAUCCGCAUCCACACUGGCGAGAGACCUUAUAUAUGCCCACACUGUAGCAAAGGUUUUGCACGGAAAGAGAAAUUAGGUGCCCACAUGUGUAUACAUACUGGCCAACAUCCUUAUCAUUGUCCUCAUUGUGGGAAAGGCUUUGCAUGGAGAGAUAAAUUGGUGAAUCACAUACGUAUUCACACUGGCGAACGACCAUUUGUUUGUAAACAAUGUGGAAAAGCUUUUGCACAAAAUGAUAAGUUGACAACACAUAUACGUAUACAUACUGGUGAACGCCCAUUCGUUUGUAAGCACUGUGGUAAAGCUUUUGCUAGAAAUGACAAAUUAACUGUUCAUGUGAGGAUUCACACUGGCGAGCGUCCAUUUGUGUGUAAGCAUUGUGGUAAGGCCUUUGCUAGAAAAGAUAAAUUAACAGCCCAUAUACGAAUGCAUACUGGUGAACGUCCUUUUGUGUGCAAUCAUUGUGGUAAGGCAUUUGAUUUAAAAGGAAAGUUGAAUGCUCACGUGAAUAUCCAUACGGGUAAACAUCCAUUUGUGUGCAAUCAUUGUGGUAUAGGCUUUGACCGCAAAGAAAAGUUAAAUUCUCAUCUAUUAUUGCACUUAGGAAGUAAUCCCUGUGAAACACUUAUUGUUAAUCCUCUCAUUGCGAAACCAUUGUAAAGAAAUGAUUUUUAGUUUGUCAGUAUAUAAAUUUAUUGUAUUUCCCCCUUCCUUGUGGUUGAGAACUCUUGUUAUUCAAAUGCAGUGUGCAUUUUGCCAUGUUCUUUUAGCUGUGAUCAAAAUAGAUUCGCUUUGGUUGGUAGUUACGUUUGUGUGAGCUUCUUUGGAGUUUAUCUGUAAACAAAAUGUAAAUAAUUAUUAAGAUCAAAAGCUGAUUCUUGCAUUUUUAUGUAGAUAAAUGCAAUAAAGUUCAGUAAAAUUUUGAAA